AGUGGCGCCGCCCCGCCCCUGUAGACAGUCGUGAGUGGAGCUCGGCGCGCUUGUGCGCGCGCGCGCGGUGGGACGUAUAGAGCCUCUUCAGCUGCUACAGCCGCGGCGCUGGUGUUCUACCGCCGGCGCAGCCCCGUAGUUGUCACCGCGCGCUCCCCCCGCCCAUGGAACCCUGAGACCGAUUUGAAAAUAACCGCUGUUCCUGUGGCCUGGCGGUGUGGCUGGAGCCGUCGGCGCGGGGGCCUGGGCAUCGCCGCUCUCUCUCUUGUCUCCUGCUCGGGAAGAGCAGCUCCUUGCCAGGGGCCCGGGGUGCCCCGCCCGGCAGCACCGCGCUCACCCAGGGCGGCUCCUCGCUGUGGGUUCCGGACCUCCCGCUUCCCCUGGGCUCCUGUGGGCAAUAGCCUGGGCUGGAGCCGGGACCAGCGAGGUGCUCGGCUCACGGGGUGGGUGUCAGGCGGCCCCGGGCCAGUUCUUCUCCCGGCGCUGGAGACCUGCAGUGGAUUGUCCUCGAUCUGAAAGUUGAGUUUUGACCAGUUCAUUCUUGCAAAAGAAAUCCAGAAACUAGAGAAUAAAAAUGGGGACUCCUGGAUCGGGGAGGAAAAGAACUCCAGUAAAAGACAGAUUCUCUGCAGAAGAUGAAGCCUUGAGUCACAUUGCCAGAGAGGCAGAAGCAAGGCUUGCAGCCAAACGGGCUGCUCGAGCAGAAGCAAGAGAUAUACGUAUGAGAGAAUUGGAACGACAACAGAAAGAGCUGGAAGAGAAGUGUGACAAACCGUAUCCUGAAAUUUACACAAGGCCGGCAUCUCGCAAUUCAGCAAGUACAACUCCUCUGAGUGGGAAUUCAUCCAGAAGAGGAAGUGGGGAUACAAGCAGUUUGGUGGAUCCUGAUGUUUCAUUAAGUGAAUUACGGGAUAUCUAUGAUCUUAAGGACCAGAUACAAGAUGUAGAGGGGAGAUACAUACAGGGACUUAAAGAACUAAAGGAUUCUCUAUCUGAAGUUGAAGAGAAGUAUAAGAAAGCUAUGGUUUCCAAUGCUCAGCUAGAUAAUGAGAAAAACAAUUUGAUUUAUCAAGUGGAUACGCUAAAGGAUGUCAUUGAGGAGAGGGAAGAGCAGAUGGCAGAGUUCUAUAGGGAAAAUGAAGAGAAGUCAAAGGAAUUGGAAAGGCAGAAACACACGUGCAGUAUUCUACAGCAUAAGAUGGAUGAACUUAAAGAGGGCCUUCGUCAGAGAGAUGAACUAAUAGAGAAACACGGGUUAGUUAUAAUCCCAGAUGGUACUCCAAAUGGUGAUGUAAACCAUGAACCAGUGGUUGGUACAAUAGCAGUUGUAUCGCAGGAAGCUGCUCAAGUCUUGGAAUCUGCAGGAGAAGGACCACUAGAUGUUCGGCUACGAAAACUGGCUGGGGAGAAAGAGGAAUUAUUGUCACAGAUUAGGAAACUGAAGCUGCAACUGGAAGAGGAACGACAGAAAUACUCUAAAAAUGAUGGCACAAAUCCAGAUAUAACAGGAUUAGAGAAUGGUUCUGAUUUGCAAUUAAUUGAAAUGCAGAGAGAUGCCAACAGACAAAUAAGUGAAUACAAAUUUAAGCUUUCAAAAGCUGAACAGGAUAUAACUACCAUGGAACAAAAUAUUGGAAGACUUGAAGGACAGGUGAUAAGAUAUAAAUCUGCAGCAGAGAAUGCAGAAAAAGUGGAAGACGAACUCAAAGCAGAGAAGAGGAAACUUCAGCGAGAGUUAAGAACAGCAUUGGACAGGAUAGAAGAGAUGGAGAUGACCAAUAGCCACUUGAUGAAAAGGCUGGAGAAGAUGAAGGCAAACAGGACUGCGCUUCUAUCUCAACAAUAGAAGAAAGUAUUAAAAAAUGGAACACGUUGUGCACUGCUCCUUGAAAUAACUAGCCCUUAGCUUGUUUUAAUACAGACUUUAAUUGGCACAAACUAUUUGAACACUGAGCUGUUCAGUAAUAUUUUAGUUGCAGAAUUAAAUGGCAUACCUUUUGUAACUUAUGAGAGAAUGAAAAAUUUGAAUUCCUAUGUGAAUGAUGGUGAUUUUUAUUUAGCAGUUUAAUUGUAGAGUCAGAGCUGAAGCACAAUGCUGUAUGAUUGACUUAUUACUAGAAAACAUUUGUUUUCACAACUGUGGAAUCAGGUUAACUUAAACUUUUUUUCAGCUGCUUUAAUGAUGCUUGGUGCUUGAAGACAACUGCAUGAGUUCAAGAGGACACUGUCUUUUAAAAAAUGUACUUGCUCAAGACAUCACACAGCACAAGUGCCUUCUAUACGGUGCAAUUUAGACUUCAAAUAUGUUAGAUCUAACCUUUGAAAGCAGAUAACAUUUAUUUUAAGAUACAGUUUCGGGGUCUGUGUUCAUUAAAGUUUAUAAAUUUUGAUGGAAAGGUGCAUUUUUGUAAUAUUUAAAUUUAUAUAAAUAAAAAAUAGGGACUAUUAUAAAACUUGCUUUUUUGCAUGGGUGAUAGCACAUCUGAGUUCUAGCUUAUUUUGCCAAGGAAGUACUAGCUCAGCUACUCUUAAUAUAAAAACAGGGACUUUAAUCACAGAAGAUGUUUUGUUGUACUUUGUAAAAUUGUAUAGCAACUGCUGCUUAAGUGUGGAAUGAAACUUUAGGGUGGAAGGAGGGGUGAGGAAAUGUCUGAGGAGUUCAUUAAAUGGACACUGUACUGGCUAGAAAUGAGUGGCUUUUUUAUAUACAAUCUUACAGAGCUAUAAUCUAUAUAGACAUUUAAACCAAACUGCUCACUUUACCCGUGACAUUCUGUAAGGUGCUCCAGUAAACAUUUGGGAGGGCAUUAAAUGUACUUACUUUUGCUAUUUCAAAACUGUGCGUUAAGUACAGAUAAAAGGUGGGUUUAACUUUUAGAGCUAUGAGCUAAAGUGGAUGUUUAUCAAAAAAAAAAAAUUUCUGAAGUAAAGUCUUGCAUGCAGAUCUUCACAGCUGUCUAUCAGGAAAUCUGCUCCCUUUUGAGGCACCUCAGCUGCAUUCUGAGAGAGGGAUGCUUUUAACAUGGCUGGAACGUUUCAGUAUAUCAGUCUCUAAUGUAACUUAUAGUGAAAUACAGCAGCAAAGAGCUACAGUAGUUGAAUAUAGACCGUUUUACUUCUGAAAUACUCUUUCGUAAGGCAGUAUGACAAACUCCUUUCUUCCAUUAGUCAUCCAGCUUUAUCCCCCUUGUAUGAAACAAUGGGAUACACCAUGGACCAGUGAGUCCAUCCAACUGAAGUAUUCAACACCUCUCAAAAACUUUAUACAGGUCUGGCAGAUUAGCUAGCUGCAAAAUGUUGCCAUCUUCUGUGAAGUGUUUAGGAGGCAAAAGGUGGGUCCUAAAAGCUUUGUAAAUAACAUGUUCCACAGUCCAUUUCCAAGAUGUUGAACCAGAUCCAAGCUCUUCACUCUGAAAGAAAAGUUUGGUUUUAAAACACAACUACUCUUUAGUUUUAUAGAAAUGUAGAUUUGAUACAUUUUUCAAAACCUUGACUUUUUCCUACUAAAACAGCUAAAUCAUUUACUUUAGUGUUUGCAGAUUAGUUCACUAUCUUGAUAAAUAAAAGAAUCCACUUGUCAGCCUCCAGCUAACCACAGCCCCUCACUACCAUUAAGCAAACUGUGCUAGCUCUAAAUUAAGCUAGAGAAAAGGUUUGAGUCAAAAUACCUUUCAAACAUUUCCAGUGCAGAGUUUGGGUGUAAAAAUCAAACUAAACUAGUCUAGCACUUUAUAUGAAGUGCUCCUCUUGAAAGGAGAACAGCGGCUCCUUCUGCAAAUAUUCUGCUUAGGCUAGUAGUAGAAGUACUUAUUUUUUGUGUGUUAGCUAUGCAAAGCUAACUAUGAACUGGACUAUGUUUUCUGGUACAACAAUAGUUUAUGCAAGUCCAGUCAUCUACUCCCAUGCAACUCACUUGCAAGGGACUGGGUUGACAAAUGUCAGCAUAAUUUGGCUGUGGAUUGUUCGUGAGAUAUGCCUUUUCAGCUCAAGCUGAGUUUGCAGGGGAUUGUAGGUAGAAAAUAUUUUCCCCUUCAACCAGCAAGCACAACUGCUACCAUUGAGUCAUCUUCUGCCAUUUUAAUCACUUAAAGGGUCUAAUUUUUGUGGUUUUACUGAAACAAUCUUAGAAAUGGGCUAGAAGGGACCUCAAGAGGUCAUCUAGUCCAGUGCCAGUCCACGAGCUGCCGGUCUGCGUGCACACCGGAAAAAAAAGAAAAUUGCCAGUCCCCCACAUUGGAUAGCUUGAGAAGCACUGAUCUAGUCCACCCCUGUGCUGAGACAGGAUUGAGAAGUAGAGAGGUGUUUGCCUACCCUGUUCUAAAAAGUGGGAUUUGACAGCCACCUCACGUAACCUGUUUCACUGCUUAACCUUGCCUUAGAAUAUUUUUCCUAAUAUCAAACCUAAGCCCAUUACUACUUGUCCUACCCUCCCUGCACAUGGAGGACUCAUCCCCAUCCUUAUAACAGUCCUUCACAUACUUGAAGAUUUAUCAUCCCCCAACUCAGCCUUCUCUUCUAGUUUAAACAAGCCCAAUUUAACCUUUCCUCAUAGGGCAUGUUUUCUAAGCUUUUUUUGGGUUUCUCGCCUCUGGAUGCUCCAGUUAGUCCACAUCCUUAAGUGUGGAACCAAAACUGGAUACAAUACUCCAGCUGAUGCCUUCCCACUGCCAAGUAGAACAGAAACAAUUAUUUCCUCUUUUAUAUAGAACACUUGUUAAUACACCCUAGAAUGACACUGUAAUGCUAUAAAAAAAAAAUACACAUAGGGCGGGGGGGAGAGGAGGAGCAAGAAUGUGCACCAGUUUUUCCACAAAUUCUUGGCUCAAAUUGGAUUAGGAUCUCUUGUAGCUCAGCUCAAUGUCCUAACAGCGGGAGAUGCCUUAGUUUUCUGGUUUGAGAAACUGUGAAAUUACAGGUAGUAUUAUUAUUGCUUUUGCAUUAUUCAGAGGAAACUCAAAUUCCACACAACAUGACUAAUCAAUUUUUGGAAAGUGCUUAGUUGAUACUGAUUUGGGCACUUGGAAAGAGUAAUUAGGCAUUUAAGAGAUUCAGCCCAAACAUACACUUUUUGGAAGUACAUGAACCAGUUAGUCUUUGGGAGAAGUUAUCCUGUAUGGAAGCUGUGGGGCAAUGUUUUUAGAGCUUAUUCUCAGUGUUUUCUUUCUAAGCACAUGGGAAUUUCUUAUUUAAUGACUUUUCUAAAUACACGUUCUUUUUGCCCUGUAAAAGCAGCCUUCUCCAAAGGAUAAGCCUGUGUAUUCUUUCAGAACCCUGCUGCACUGUUAUUCAGUUCACCCGGUUCCAUAGAGUGGGAGACUAGUCAUGAAAGCCAUUUUUAAAAGGUUUUUACAAUUCAACACAAGUGAUUUACCCAGGUGACUGCAGCAGCAUAUGCAGUUACUGUACCUGCUGGUUAGUCAAGUCAGAUUCCUCCACUAUAUACUGCUUUCUAAUGGAGUAAAACAUGGCACAUUCUUUACUGAGGCUUUCAAAACAUUCUUUUUCUUCAUCCCAGUUUACCUGUCAAAGCAGAAAUUUGAUAAGAGCAGACAUUUUGUUUCAGAAUCUGAAAUAAUUUUGAAGAAACAUUACUGCUAGUUACUAGUCUGAGUCAACUUAAUGCCUGGUUAAUUAAAAGUCAAAAUAGGCUACUGUCUUGGCCAUUUGGUGGUGUAAGGUUAGGAUACAGAGAAAGCAAAGCAUAGCCUAAAAGUUUGCCUAUCUUUGAAAGUAAAAUCUUUUUUGAAGUUUCUGAACAUUCAUUUUAAUGUAUUCUUAUAUAGUGAGUAUUUAGCAAUGAAUGGACUUAAGCAAUCAGUGCAGUUUUCCUUUUAGAAGAGAAAGUUUAGAGCAUAGCCCCUAUGUCAGCAUCUGUAUUACCAUUAUAAUGUGAUAAUUACGACGUUGGCAGAUAUUUAAAAAUGCUGUGUAUGGUCAUUUGAGGCAGGCAUGUUGGCAGUUGUACUUUUGCACCAACUGCUUCUGUCAGAACUGGGCCUAUGCCAUUCUGUAUGAACUCUUCUCCCCACAUCAAUUUCUGGUGAAUUUCUUAGUGGUUGAAUUAUUGCAUGCCUGCCUAUUAGUAAUAUCAUUUUAGAGAACACCUAAAAACGACAAAGAAAAAAGGUAACAUUUGCAGACUCGUUAGCUUCCCCAUUAACUAACUGCUGAACAGCACCAUACCUCUGUGGCUAAGCGAAGGAUAAACAUAGGUAGUCCCUCCAAUGGUGGAACAUAGUUGUCUAUCAGGAGGGGUAAUCCAGUAAGGUUUCCAUCCUGUAAGUAUAACAUUUUCUUUACAUGUUGAAAUAUCUAUGAUUUACCUGCUAGCCAUAUCAACACACUGCUGUUUGCUGGACAGUAAGUGAUUGUAUUUAUCAGGUUGGUACUAGCCUUAAAGCAAAUCAAAAAUAUUAAAUAUAGUUUCCUAUUGUGCAUUGCCAACACCUAAGAGUUAUACAAAUAACCUUAUGACAUAAAAGCAACAGCAGUAGUCACCUCAUCAAUUUCAAAAGAGAAAUAGUCUUUCAGCAUUUCAGUCUUCUUUUUUAGAAACUCGACAAUGUAUUCAGCAAGUCCUUCCUUUGGGCCAUCUUCUUCUGUCCAGCCACUUUCAGUGUUCUCCAAGGCUAGCAUAGCUAGAUCAUACAGCGGAGCUGGCUCCUGUAAGUGACCAUGAGGUACGAUACAAUCAUCACUACCACCCAUACACUUCAACCCUUCAAAAUCCAGAUGUUGCUCAUGAAGCAGUCAAUUAUUUUUUCCCCCUGAGAAUACAGAAGUAUCUUUACAAACACUCCCUUCUCUAAAGACCACUGCAAAAUACAGUGGCAUAUUAAACGCCAAAUGUUAACACUUCCUAAUACAUUUCUGAUGAAGCUAGAGCAAAACAGAAGGAAUGUUUUUACACAGUCUAGUACAUUAACAAACACUGAUGCUGUUUAAGGAACAGAAUCUGACACUAAUAAUAAAGCAACCACUAUCAGAAUAAGGCAGAGGGUUGCAGGAAGAGAAAGGAUGAUUAAGGUAGCUGAAUGCUGACCAAGAGAAUUCCAGCUCUGUCUCUGCCCAAGAGUUCUUAUGUGAUGCUGGACAAUUCACUUAGACCAGUUUUUUACAGGUGGUCAUUAAUUACGUGAGCUACCAGCCCCAUAUAUGUGAGGUUAAAACUUCUGUAUCAGAUCAUUCUCUCCAAAACCUGUAUAUAAGAUUUGAAGGGAAGUUACACUUACUGACAACCUCAGAACUCCAAAGUUUGCAAAGUCAUAAAGAAGAAUCUGGUAGAAGAGUUCUUGGCUGAAUUGGAGGAAAAGAGUUAAUUUGUUAUUGAAACGACCAUUUCUGUCUAAUUUUUUGUCAUAUGCAUAUUCUCUACUUUGCAAUGGCAGAAUCGUAGAAAAAAGCAGUACACCUAGCAAACCACUAAGUGGCCUGGCAGUGUGUGCACCUUGGGAGUUAAACCGCAGAAAGCUGCUUUACUGUGCAGAAACUUGCCGGUGUAGACAAGGCCUUAGCUACAGAAUGAACCUUAUUACAGCCUGUUAGAGCUCUAUAUACUGAUGUGUUAGGAUCUCAUGGCUUGUCUAUAAAAACAUUUAGUUCAAGCCUGUGGUGCUCUAACUACCUGUGUGGAUCUUGCUGGUGCAGGUUAACAGUUCAUUAAUGCAGUCUGAUUAAUCCCAUUUCAAAGAGGGGUAGACCAAAGCACUGUAACAACCAACACAUAUCAUCAGAUCUGCAUACUGCAGGGUAGAUUCACAGCCUAUCUUGCCGAGAACUAAAUGUUUGUGGAGACAAACCCUUAAUCUCCGAACUGUGUGGUGUUAGCCUGGGAGAAAAGGACUCCGAUUCUGUGCUGAUAAAAGACAGUACAUAACUUGAUACCUCAAGGCAGCAGGGCCUAGGUUUGGCAGGGUUUUUUUUGUAGGUUUACACAUGCAAUUUGUAUUGUCCCUAUAUUCUGCAGGCUCUGUAAUCAGGCACAGAACUGAUUUUAAAAGAAUUAGGUUUCUUGAUGUUUCAAUAACAUAGCUAUUCAAAUGAACGGUAUCAGUAAGUGUGAUGUACAAAUUCCUUUCAUCCUCUGGGUUUUUAGUCAGUGGGACACAACAUAGUAAAGUGCAUUUUAAUGAUGUAGCAGUAGCCCAUACAUUUUGCAGGAUCAAUACAAAAAAAUAAGAUGAUUAAAAAUGUGAGGUCUUUCACACUUGAGUGUUCAUCAAAUCACAAUUUGGCUAGAUUUCAAAGGCAGCAUUCACAGUACCUUUGUACCUCUUUCUUAUUUUAACUACUCAGUUGUGUUCACCAGUUAUUUCAGUUGUUAACACAUCUAACAGCAUGAAUCAGUAUGUUUACCUGAGUUGGGUGGUAUUGAGAAGAUACAGCUUUGUCUGGUAUUGUGCCAGGGCCCACUGUGGGCUAACACAACCAACAAACGAGUGAUCACGUAGCAUCUCCUGAAGACCUGGAAUAAUACAUCUAAGAACAUGAGGUCGUAUAAAUUCCCCCCAGCCCAGAUCUGCUAUAGUCUGCAAAGUAUCUUGAUUAUUCAAGUUGUGAAAAUCUCAAACUACUACUUGAAUCACUACUAUACACUUCAGUUCAAAAUAAAUAAUAAUAAACUAAAAACUACCAAGGAAAUUCCAAAUACUCCAAUAGUUUAAUCCUAAAAUAGGUAAACACAAUG